CUUUUCUUCGCUUUUCCCUCAGACCUGGAACAUGUGGACGGUCCCUUGUGUUGAUGCAUUCAAAUAAAGUUUGUUCAGACCCAGUCGAACCGGAUCCCGGUACCGGCUGUGGGACCGUCCACCCGCGGACACCUGUGGGACUUUUCCCCCGGUGACAGCGGCUCCUGACAGGGGGACGUCGGAGCUUCAUGUCGGUGAACCGGCUCUGUGUGUCCGUGUAUUUCCGGGUGGCGCGAGGCUGCUCCGGUGCAUCCGAGCUAGCAUCACUUGGUCCAGCGUCCUCCCACCGUCCGGCCCCGAACACACCCACCAGAGGCCCGGGACCGCAGCCGAACCGGCCGUGUACUGACCCCGGGCCGCAUCUAUAAUUGAUGUCCUGUAGCUGAAAGCCGAAGCGGGGGCAGCAGGGGCGGCCAGCGGCCACGGAAGGCACGAGUUAUGGCGGCGUCGCUUCUCUCCGAGACCGACAUCAGGCACCGGUCCAUGGCGGAGGAGGAUCCGAACGGGAAUGAGCACGGAGCGGCUGCACGCAGCGCGGCGCCCCGGUGGGGUCCGCAGCACGCCGGGGCCCGGCAGCUAGCGAGGCUCUACUCUCCCGGUAAACGGCUCCAGGAGUGGGUUUGUGUAAUUCUGUGCCUCUUCCUUUUCAUCAUCAACUUCUCCUUCCUCCUCCUCCACUUCUCCACCGUUCACAUCUACAAGAUCGUCCUCGGCAUCGUCCUAGGGAUAGUGACGGCAGACUUUGCGUCGGGGAUGGUACACUGGGGUGCAGAUACAUGGGGAUCUGUGGACAUCCCUGUUAUUGGCAAGGCGUUUAUUCGUCCGUUCAGGGAGCACCACAUCGACCCAACCGCCAUCACUCGCCACGACUUCAUUGAAACCAAUGGAGACAACUGUAUGAUCCCCAUCCUCCCACUGGCUCACAUGGCCUACAAGUUCCUCACAUACACACCAGAGGCCUUGGCUGCGUCUUAUCCGUGGGACUGCUACGUCUUCGCCCUGGCAGUUUUUGUGACGCUGACCAAUCAGAUCCAUAAGUGGAGCCACUCCUACUUCGGCCUGCCGCGCUGGGUCACGCUGCUCCAGGACUGGCAUCUGGUGUUGCCACGGAAACACCACCGCAUACACCACGUCUCGCCACACGAGACGUACUACUGCAUUACCACAGGCUGGUGUAACUAUCCCCUGGACCAGCUGGGCUUCUGGAGACGCAUGGAGAGACUGAUCCAACGACUGACGGGCCAAAAGCCAAGAUCAGACGACCUGGCGUGGGCUAAAAAAACCGACUGACAGACGGAUGCACGGCGGCGCAGGAGGACAGACAGACGCCAACACACAAACACACACACAAACACACACACACUCGACUAAAGACGCUAACGGGAAAGAAAACACACACACGUAUAUACUUUUGAACUCAUGUCUUUGUGCUUCUUGCUUUUUUUUUUUUUUUUUUUGGCCGAAGAGCAAACGUUCAAAGAAACUCUUUUUACGUUUUAAAAAAAAAACAAACCCAAGCCGGUUGCCGUGGUUUCCGUAGGCGCUGGAGUCUGUAGUUGAACGUCUGUGAAGGCAGGAGGUGAACGUAUCUGAGGCCUGUUCGAACCAAUGACAUGUGGCGGUGUUGUGGUGUGUAGGUGUAGGAGGUUUCUGGAGGUUGGGCUCUCCAGGAGUGACACCACGCUGUCUGUCGACGCCGACGGCAGCUUCUUACACCACACACACAUACACACAACCAUACACACACACACACACACACACACAG